CUGUUCCUGCUGCUGAACUUAAAGUGUGAGCCAGCAGAGGGUUAAAUUCCCCUCCUUCCUGUCAGUCUGCCUCGAGGCGCCCGAGGCUUUUGCUCCGCCUGAAAACAAGCUUUUGGAUCUUUUGGAUCGUUUGGAUCUUCUGCAUCUGGGUGGGUUCCCACCAUGCUGGUCUCCAGCCUCCUCUGCAGGGUCAGUCGCUCCAAACCUGCAGGACUCCGGAUCCUCACCUGCGCCCAGCUGUGGUCGGAUCGUGUGGUUUCCAGGCUGAGCACGCAGCCCAAAUCCAAAGAUGCUUUUGUUGGUUACAGCUUGGGUCGCCCCGUCCUGUCUCUGCGGCUUCCUGCCGGUGAGCAGAGUCGCUUCACUCUGACGCCUAUGUUGACCACAGUCGGCGACCUGCUGGCGGAGAUCCGCGCCAAGGACCCUACGGUGCAGAGCGCCGCCCUCCUCAACGGAGAUGGACAGAGAAUAUCUUCGUGCACCUUCAUGGAAACAGUUCUAAGUGAAGAUUUUCAACUGCUCAUCAAUGGCUUCACGCACAGCGUUCAGUCACUGGGACAAGGUUCGUCUCACGAGCACGUGCUGGGUCUGGAGGACAUGAAGUACGUGGUCCGCCUGCUUCACUCGGCCCUGAGUCUUCCUCAUCAGCAGCACGUCAAACACGCCGAGCUACUGAUGAGACAAGAGACGCUCAGAGAGCAGCUGCAGCCGCUGGAGAAGGUGAAAGACAAGAUGGCGCAGGAGGCAGAGCAAAGAGCAUCACUACUGGGGUGGGCGGGGCUUUCAUACCUGUCCCUGCAGGGAGGAUUCCUUGGUUACCUCACCUGGUAUGUGUUUGCGUGGGACGUCAUGGAACCGGUCACCUUCUUCAUCACCUGCAGCACCAGCAUGAUCUUCUUCGCCUAUUACAUCCUCACCAAACAGGAUUUAAUAUAUCCAAAUGCGCGGGAUUGUCAAUUCCUCCACUUCUUCCAUGAGAAAGCGUCUCGACAGAAAUUCAACAUUCAAAAAUACAACGAGCUCAAAGAAGAGCUAGCAAAGCUGGACGGAGAGCUCAGCACUUUGAGGAGCGCCAUCCGGCUCCAGGUGGAUCAACCUCGACCCCCGAGAGACACCUGAACCUUCACUUUGUCCAGUUUGCAACAUUCCAUGCCACUUGUGCACUUUUUGUUUUUAUUAAAUAAGGACUUACGGCGUCCUCUCACUC